AUGAAAGCAAUCACCACUCACCGGUUUCUGCCUCAUCGUAUACUGAGCUUUGCUCUCGGCAGACCGCUUGGGGUGGGUGCGCGAGUCAAGGAUGUCCCCAUUCCAAGCAUCAUAGAUAAUGAGGUGCUGGUCAAAGUGCAUGCCGUUGCCCUGAAUCCAAUUGAUUUCAAGAACAUCGAUUUCAUUUCUCCCCGGAAUUCUGCAAUUGGCUGUGACUAUGCGGGCGAGGUGGUUAGGGUCGGAAAAACAUCGGGACAGCGCUGGAAGGUCGGAGACAGAAUCGCUGGCUUCGUUCAUGGUGGCCUGUAUCCCGAUGUUGGCUCAUUCGCAGAGUACCUUAAAGUUGACGGAGACUUGGCCUGGAAGGUGCCCGAAGCAAUGAGCUUAGGCGAAGCCAGCACCUACGGAGUUCCGGCAGCCACCGCGAUGCUGAGCCUCGCGUACCUCGACAUUCCCUGGGCAGAUAUUGAGAACGGACGCACCUUUGAAGGUGAUCAACCAACCAUUCUCAUUUACUCGGGAGGAUCGAACGUUGGUCUCUUUGCCACGCAAUUAGCGAAGAGAGCAGGAUACAAGGUGGUGGCGACGGCCUCGCCCCGUUCUUUCCACCUUGCAAAACAAUACGGUGCAGAUGCAGUAUACGAUUAUCGGUCCUCAUCAUCCAUCGGAGAAAUCAAGAAUGCGUUUCCAAACAUUACGAGAGCUCUGGACUGCUUUUCUGAAGGCAGUUCGGCCGCCUUUUGUGCUGAUGUACUACAAGAGGGCAAAGUAGUCACGCUUCUUGACCAAGGAAAGCCGAACAAGCCAAACGUGUCCUACAGAUCCCUCAUGGUUUUUACUGUCUUCGGUCGAGAGUUUCAGAUGAUGGCGCCCCUCGGCCCCGUGUUCCCGGUGAUCCCGUCAGAUGGCGACGUCAUCCGUCAGUUUUAUGCUACUUUGUCAACACUGAGCCUCGACGUUAUCAGACCUCCACCCGUCACAACAGUUAAGGGCGGUUUCAAAGGAGAUCUUUGA